CGUCAAUACCGUUCACUUCGAUCCGUAAACAAUUUUUUCAAUUAUUUAUAUUUUAAUGAAGGGUAAUCGUUGACUUCGUGAAUCCUUAAAGUACAUACUUUUUAGGUUAGUUUUUGCGUUUUCAAAAUUCUUAAUGUAGACAAAAGUUAUUGUCUACAUUACAGAUGGACGACCAGAAUCCAACAAGAAUUAGCAAGAUGAUCAGGGAGAUGCGAUCAGGAACAGAUGGUUUGCAAAGAAGCAGAAGCAAUAGCAAUAGUUUUUCCCUUCGCCCAGACAAUAUCCAGAGAUUGUCAACUGCUAACGAGGUUGGAGAGAGCCUUUGUGAAACCCCAAAACGCCAGAAGCUAGACGACUCCGCAAGUGGAUCUUUGAAUAAAACUGACAGCGAAAUACCAGGAAGUCCGUGGGAAUGGCGCAGAAUGAAAGGAGAGAUAAUUGGUAUGAAAACCAGAUUAUCACAUCAAGAAGCUACUGUUCAACAAUUACACAAACUUCGGCAUGAAAUGGAGGAAAGUUUUAAAAAAGAAAAGAAACUGUUAGAAAUAGAACUUGAGCAAGAUAAACGAAUGAUAAAACAGCUGGAGUUGAGAGUUGAUGUUGGACGAAAAACUGUUCAAGAAGCUAAAGCUGCACAGGCACAGGCUGAACGAGAGUUAUCUCAGCUGAGAACCAAAAUGGAACAUAAGAUACUGUCACUGGUAGAGGACAAUAAUAAGCUAACAGAAGAGCUUCGACUUUGUAUUAAGAAAGAAGUAAAGCCAGAUAUCACUAAACCCUGUGAAACUUCUGUAAGGAAUAUUGAAGAUGAAAAGAAAUUAGAAUUAGCUCAUAAAAAAAUUACUGAACUUGAGGAAAAGUUAAGGGAAGCAAGAGUAAUACAGCAGAAAUUUGAAGUACAAUGUGUCGAAUUACACAGUUUGAAAAUUAAAUACGAGAGCCUUGAGAGUGAAAGGUCCAUGAUGGAAGAUGGAAAGAAAUUCAUGCAAAGAGCUUCUAAAGUAAGUGAACUUGAGAGAGAACUAUCGCAUGCAAGAGACCUGAUUUCUUCAUUGAGAGAAUCUGUAAAAGGAAAGCUGCUUUUAGAAGAACAAAUGGCAACAAUCGAACACAGGUUACAGCGCACUGAAAGUCUUGAAAAACAGGUGUCUCAAUUGGAAAUCACACAAAGUGAACUACUUUCAAAAAUAGCUGAAUAUGAAGCAAUUGGAAUUCCCGGCGGUCCCAUCGCUAUUAGACGAGAAAUCAAUCGGUUACAACAAUCCGAAGCUAUUUUAACUGCUGAAGAAGGUCAAUUGAGAUCACAGAUAGACGCUCUUAAGAGGGAACUCGAAACUACAAAGCAGAAGCACGAAGAAACGAAGAAGUUACUCACGGAUACAACGAGUUCUCAAGAAAGAUUGAGCAGGUUUGUGAGCAGGUUACAAAAAAAGAUGUCUCUUGUAACAAGGGAAAGGGAUAGCUAUAGGCAGCAACUUGAUACAUACGAAAAAGAGAUCACUGCAUACCAAAGCAACGAAACUCCCACUGUAACCAACGAAAGGAUUCCAAUGCUAGAACGUGCAAUAGAAGGCUACAGAGAACUGGUUGCCAAACUAGAAUCUGAUCUGGAGGUUUGCGAUGGUAAAGGUCUGAAAGAGGAAAAUAAAAAGCUCAAGGCGGAAAUCGAGAGAUUACAAGGCGAGCUCGAGCAUCGUGCCCUCAAGGGCGAUUUCAACAUAAACACGAGAAUCCUACAUUACAAAUUGAAUCCUUUGGCAUUGGCUGAACAAGAGGCUGAGGCAAAACAGAAUGCCCUACUGCAGGAAGUCGAACAACUUCGUGCUGUCGUGGCCUCUGGCAACCCCUCAGGUGUACCGGCAGUUUCCUCCUCGUUGCAAGCAAAAGAAAUAGCGGAACUCCAACAAAAGCACGAAAUAAAAAUAGCUCGUCUGAAGGAAGCUUUCAAAGCUUCGUCGCAGGAAUACCGACAGGCUUGCUACCAGCUAUUCGGCUGGCGGGUCGAUCGAACGAAGGAGGGCCAGUACAAACUGUCGAGUCAGUACGCGGACUCGCCGGACGACUACCUGUUCUUCAUCGUCAACGACGACGGCGUGAACAUGAUCGAGACGCCGUUCUCGGCGACGCUCUCAGCCUUUAUCGAGCGCUACCUGAAGAUCCAGCACAGCGUGCCCAUGUUCCUCAACGCCGUGCAGUCCGAGCUUUUCGAUCAGCAAACGGUGGCGAACGUAAUCGCAUAAAAAUGUUUUCCUACCGAGAUGGUCUUCUGUAAUACAGUGUAAGGCAUAACUAUAUAGUGAUAUUUAUAAGAUAAUCGUUCGAAUACGGUUCGUAGGCUAAUUAUAUAUAUAUUGUCAAGUAAUUUUACACUUACCGUUGACUCUUCCCUUUUAUACUCCGAAUGUCAAGACGUUGAUGCGUUUUCAAAGAAAAAAAUCUAAAAUAGCGUAAAA